UUCAGAAUUUUUUAUGGAAGAUUUAGAAGACAAGGAAGAUUUAGCAAUUUUAAUUGACAGUUAUCUGAAAGGUUUAACACUUUCAACAGAAACAGUAAACAAUAUUGUCAAAUUUUAUAUCCAGAUUAGAAAAGAUGCUGAAUGCAAAUAUUCGGAUGGAACUGGACAUCAUCCCCAUUACAGUUUGAGAACAUUAUGUCGUGCUUUGGAUUAUGCUGGUAGAAAUCCUUGUUACUGUGUUCCACGUUCAUUAUUUGAGGGAUUCUGUUUAAGUUUUUUGACUCAGUUGGAUCGAUCGAGCCAUCCUUUAGUCAUUAAACAAAUAAAGCAACAUAUAUUGAAGAAAAACCAGCAGUCUAUUUUGCAUCAACCAAUUAAACAACCUGGUGAAAAAUUUAUAUGCUUUGAGGGAUAUUGGAUUCAAAGAGGUGAAAAUAAUCCUGUCACUCCUUCAAAUUAUAUUUUGACACCAUCAGUUAAACAGAACUUAAAAGAUUUAGCUCGAAUUGUAUCUGCAGGAAAGCAUCCUGUUCUAUUGCAAGGAGAGACAUCUGUUGGAAAAACAAGUUUAAUUCAAUGGCUUGCUUCAGUGUCUGGUAACAAAUGUGUAAGAAUAAAUAAUCAUGAACAUUCAGAUUUACAAGAAUAUGUAGGAAAUUAUACUUCUGAUGAUGAUGGAAAAUUAUUUUUCAAGGAAGGUAUUUUAGUAGAAGCUAUGAAAUUUGGUUAUUGGAUUAUUUUAGAUGAACUUAAUCUUGCACCAACUGAAGUCCUUGAAGCCUUAAACAGGAUUUUAUCUCGAGCAUUCAGAAAUCGUUUUAUUGAAUUGCAUUUUGAUGAAAUACCACCUGAAGAAUUGCAAACAAUUUUAGAAAAAAGAUGUGCUCUUCCACCUACUUACAGUAAGAAACUUGUAAAUGUGAUGCAAGAACUUCAGAUUCGUCGAUGUCAGAGUGGUAUAUUUGCUGGAAAACAAGGAUAUAUUACACUGCGUGAUUUAUUUAGAUGGGGAGAACGAUAUAGAUUAUCUACACAAACUGAAAAGUUUUAUGAUUGGAAUGAACAUUUAAUUUUAUCUCGAGCAUUCAGAAAUCGUUUUAUUGAAUUGCAUUUUGAUGAAAUACCCCCUGAAGAAUUGCAAACAAUUUUAGAAAAAAGAUGUGCUCUUCCACCUACUUACAGUAAGAAACUUGUAAAUGUGAUGCAAGAACUUCAGAUUCGUCGAUGUCAGAGUGGUAUAUUUGCUGGAAAACAAGGAUAUAUUACACUGCGUGAUUUAUUUAGAUGGGGAGAACGAUAUAGAUUAUCUACACAAACUGAAAAGUUUUAUGAUUGGAAUGAACAUUUAGCAAAUGAAGGUUAUAUGUUGCUAGCAGGACGUGUUCGAAAACAAGAAGAAGCUGAUGUUAUUCAAGAAGUGAUUGAAAAAUGCAUGCAUUGUAAAAUUAAACCAAAAUUACUUUUUACAAAUGGAAAUGGUAUAGAUAAUGAAAUUUCAAAAGUUUUGUUUGAUUUAAAAAGUGAUACUUUACCAGAAGAAUUUAGUCAUAUAGUAUGGACUUCUAAUAUGAAAAGAUUAGCUAUUCUUGUCAGUCAAGCAAUGAAAUUUGGUGAACCUGUUUUACUUGUUGGAGAAACUGGAAAAGAUACUUAUUUGAAUAUGUCUGAUUCCCAAAAAUUAUUUGAAUGGGUAGAUGGUCCAUUAACAUUAUCAAUGAAGACAGGAAAUAUAUUUUUAGCCGAUGAAAUAUCUCUUGCUGAUGAUUCUGUAUUAGAAAGAUUAAAUAGUGUUUUAGAGCCAGAAUGUACUCUCCUACUAGCUGAAAAAGGAAAUUCUGAAAAUAAUUUACAGGAAAUAAUUGUUACGGCUAAAGAUGGUUUUCAGUUUUUAGCAACAAUGAAUCCUGGAGGAGAUUUUGGAAAAAAAGAACUCUCUCCUGCAUUGAGAAAUCGCUUUACAGAAAUUUGGUGUCCAAGUACAACUGAGAAAGAAGACAUCAUUAAUAUUAUUAAACAUAAUAUUAAACAUCCAAUCAUUACAAAUGAAAGAAAGGAUAGUUUUGGCAAAAUAAUGAUGGAGUUUUUGGAAUGGUUCAGAAAUAAUGAUUUUGGUUACAGAUAUUCAUUGAGUAUUCGUGAUAUUUUAUCUUGGGUAAAUUUUAUCAACUAUUCAACAAGUAAAAAUUCCAAUAUAGCAGAAAUUCAUUUAUCACAUGCUUAUAUUCAUGGAGCUUGUCUUGUAAUUUUGGAUAGUCUUGGUUCUGGAAUGACAAGUGAUAGUAAUUCUCAUCAAAUAAAAUGUGCAUAUGAUAUCAGUGUAAAAUUUUUAGAGAAACAAAUGAAGAAAUUUUUAAAUGAAACAGAAUUCUUAUCAUUUGAUUUAAAAAAAAGUGCUGAAGUAACACUUGAUCAGGAAUGGUUUGGAAUAGAACCAUUUUAUAUACCAAUGGGUUUGAAGACAGAUUGUAGCUUAGAAAAAAAAUAUAUCUUAUCAUCUGAAUCAACUAAAUUAAAUGCUAUAAGAUUACUUAGAGCAAUGUAUCUUCCAAAACCAAUUCUUUUAGAAGGAAUUCCUGGAGUUGGAAAAACAUCUUUAGUUUGUGCAUUAGCAAAAGCAUCAGGACAUCAAUUGAUUAGAAUUAAUCUUUCAGAGCAAACUGAUAUAUCAGAUCUUUUUGGCUCUGAUUUGCCUGUUGAAGGUAAAUGUGGAAUAUUUGCAUGGAGAGAUGGCCCUUUAUUACAGGCAUUAAAAUCUGGAAGCUGGAUUUUAUUAGAUGAGUUAAAUUUAGCAUCUCAAUCAGUUUUAGAGGGAUUGAAUGCUUGUUUGGAUCAUCGAGGAGAAGUAUAUAUUCCAGAAUUAGGAAGAAGUUUUAAAGUUCAGCAAGGAAGAUCAUGGAUAUUUGGUUGUCAGAAUCCUUAUAAGCAAGGAGGAGCUCGUAAAGGACUUCCUAGAUCUUUCUUGAAUCGAUUUACACAGAUUGUGGAAGAAAUACAAAUUCAGAAAUUAUGGGGCGAGAAAGGGCCUUCUUGGGAAUUUAAUUUAAGAGAUAUCUUACGCUGGUGUGAAGUGCUUUUAUUUAAUCAGGAUAAAAAUGAUAUAAAUCCUGGAGAAUAUGUUGAUCUUAUUUACGGUGAUCGGAUGAGAACUCUGUCUGAUAAGAAAAAGGUUUUAGAAUUGUAUGAAAAAAUAUUUGGAAAGCUCGUAAUUUCACAGCCACUUCAGUUAAGAGUAACUGAUAAAAUUAUUCAAGUUGGAUAUUCAUUCUUGCCUAGACUAGGACAUUUUCCAUCUUCUAAUCCUUUAUUUCCUCUGCAUAACCAAUUAAAACCAUUACAGUCAUUAAUGAAAUGCAUUGAAAUGAAAUGGUUGGCUAUUUUGGUUGGUUCAUCAUCUGUUGGAAAGACAUCAAUAGUUAAUUUAUUAGCAACUUUAACAGGACAGAGUUUAUUUAUUUUCACAGUGAACUCAGAAAUGGACACCACUGAUUUACUUGGGGGAUUUGAACAAAGAGAUUUAACACGUCAUCUGGAUAAAAUAAGUAAAGACUUAGAAAAAAUCUGUAAAAAUAUACUUUGGUCAACGUUAUCAAGUGAAAACUAUUCUAAAAAUGAAAUUAAAUAUUUAUUUGAAAGUUGGAAUGCCUAUCAUCAUUUAUGUUUCAAACUCCCUCCAUCUAGGACUAAUGAAGAAAUAAAAGUUUUUCAAAACAAAAUAGAUGCACUUUGGAAAAUCAUUAAUUGCUUAAAUAAAUUGUUGAUUCCAAAUAUUAUCUCUCCUACCAUUUAUGAAGUAUAG